ACUCUUCCCUGACGCCUGGUUCGGAGGGCCGGCGAGGGGCGAGUGCCGGCUGGCUGGCCGUGGGGCGAGUUGCAUCGCGAUGUUGCUCUCGCCGCCGCCCUCCUCGUCCCUGCCCUGCGGGCGGGCGGCAGGCGGCUCCCCUGGCCUUGGGGCGCGAGCGGCCGGGUCGGAGCUCCAGGUGGAGAUUGCUCCCCGAGAGCCGCCCGACGAAGAAGGGGAGCGAGGCCGCGCCGGAACUAUGCCCGAGUGCGCCCCGCUCCGGACGACUGGAGCCGGCUCCGAACCGGCCAGGGCGUCGUCCGAGGCGGAGGCCGCUGCGUCAACUGCCCUGGAAGAAGAAGAAGCAAUAGCAGCUGCCGAAGACUCAUGUCCCCGGUGGGGAGCGCAGCACGCGGGAGCCCGGGAGCUGGCUGAACUCUAUUCUCCCGGGAAAAGGCUGCAAGAAUGGAUUAGUGUCAUUUUAUGUUUCUCCUUGAUGUCUUUCAACUGCUACAGACUUCUCUUUUGCCUGAGACUGGAGCACGCCUUCUCAAUUAUUGUUGGUAUAUUUGCAGGAGUCAUUACUGCUGACUUCGUAUCCGGUUUAGUGCACUGGGGAGCAGAUACUUGGGGCUCGGUAGAUCUGCCAAUAGUUGGAAAGGCAUUUAUUAGACCUUUCAGAGAACACCACAUUGAUCCAACAGCAAUUACCAGGCAUGACUUCAUAGAAACCAAUGGCGAUAACUGCAUGUUGACAGUCGUUCCGCUGGCAAACAUGGCCUACAAAUUAGCUUCCUUAUCACCAGAAGCGUUACACCAAACCUGUCCUUGGGAGUGCUACGUCUUCGCCCUGUCUGUAUUUGCAACCUUGACCAACCAGAUUCACAAGUGGUCUCAUACCUACUUCGGUCUUCCUCGCUGGGUAAUUUUUCUGCAGGACUGGCACAUUAUCCUGCCACGGAAACACCACCGGAUCCACCAUGUGUCUCCACAUGAGACAUAUUUCUGUAUUACUACAGGCUGGCUGAACUACCCACUGGAAAAACUCAGAUUUUGGAGAUUCCUGGAGAAUAUCAUUGAAGGACUAACAGGAGAAAAACCCAGAGCAGAUGACAUGAAAUGGGCUCAGAAAAUAAAAUAACCCUUGCCAGGCUUCUCCUGUCGUGAAAACCUGUUGCCAAUUUUUUUAAAAGAAAAAAAUAAAAGCCAUCAGCCAAAUUAAAAGACUUGCAGAAAGAUAACGGACUAAAGCACAAAGCUUUUUAAAAAGUGCUAACAGACUGCAGUUAAAAGACUCACUCCUCAAAACAAUACUUGAAAAAAUGCAAAUGGAUUAUUCUCGUUUGUUACUGAGCACCUUCUGUUAGCCACAUUUGAUGAUAAUUGAACAUUGUCAUCCUUGACACUCCAAAGCCAUUAGUUGGAGAAGGCAGUGUACCUUCCUAGUAACAUUUGUCAUUGGCACGGUAAUGUGUUGUAUCAACAUGAAUUCCCACUCUGAAAAUGAUUUAAGGCCAUAUUGGAAUGGCAAGGAAAGCAAGCUAGCUCCUGGGUUUUUAAAGAACAAGUUGCUAUAUGAGAAUCGGAGGGAAAGGUAUUGUCAUCACUUUAAUGCACUUGGUAUUUGGUGCAUCCUUCCAGUUGCUUCAUCUUGCUAUCAUAUCAAGACAUUGUCCCUGUGGCGUGCAACAGAAUAUUUGGGAGUCUCAUCCUAGUUCAUUAGGGUUACUUAAAGCUGACUGUCUCCUAAAAUAAAGAAGUGUUCCAUUCCUUGAUAUUUGAGCAGGCCAUUUGCUGUAUCAGCCUACAGCUAGCUUGGUAGCAGUUUGGGAUGGAAGUGAAGUGGAGCAGAAUUUGUGUUCUGCACAAAUGUCAGACUUAAAUUACUUCCAUUGGAUCAUGUAGCGUUCAGUGAUUGAUUUUAUUCAGUAUGAUUCCUCUUCCAAAAUGUUUAAAAUAGCUAUAGAAAAUUGGUCAUUGUCAAAUUUGAAUGUUAGAAGGAAUAAGUUAAUGGUGUGUGUGAUUAAGGUGCUUGCUCAUUUCAUGUAAAUAUCAUAAAGCCUUAACUACUAUUUCUUUGGUGUAACAUGGAAUAACAAUUUUAAUGUGGUCUGAAUGUAUAUAAUUUAUAACAAAGCAGUUCAAUUAUACUAAUUGCAUUUGUUAAGUCUUGUGGCCAUUUUUGAGGGGGGGAGGGUAAAAUUGCAUUUCCGGGGGCGGGGUGGUGGUGGUUUAAACAGCAUAUGCAAGCAAAAUCAGUGGGUUUUCUGUUUUGUAUACAAGAGUGUCCUACAAAACACUUUUAUUUUUGCAACAGACUUCUGUGCCUUUCUAGGGAGAUUAGAUGGCUAAUCUGUGUCCGAAAUGCAACUUUCUGUAUUUUUUUAAAU